UCAACGUUUAGCAGCACUUGUGCAUCAACAAACAGCUGUUUGUUCGGGCAAUAAUUUUUUUUGUUAAAAGUUUCUGUCGAAAAACUACAACAAUCAUAGUCAUAGUGUACCAUGAACUGGAGUGCGGGCCUCGCGUAAUCCGCACCUCGUCCGGAACCGCGUAUUACGAUGAACCUACGGCCGCGAUGCCGCAAGUGGCUGCCACUGGCCACUCAGCAACUUCGACUGCGGAACCUCACCCGGAUUCAGGGAUUCAAUAUUGAGUCCGGGCCGCAAGAAAAGUCGCUCCUGGUGGUCGAGCCGGAUGAUGUGUUCCUCUACUACACACUGCAUACGGAGAAGGCAAGUGAGGCGUUCUACACCAGCGAAAAGCUGCCGCAGCGUCACCAACAGCAAAAGUGGGCGGAGAUUUGUGCGGACGACGAGGCCUGGCGGAAAACCAAUGCGCAGUGUGUGUGUGUCAAGGUGUGGAAGCACUAUCCGGCGGAAAGGAGGGAUAGCCAGCCGCCUGAGGUUGAGCUAAGGAAUAAGGAUGUGUGCGGAAGAUCCCAGUUGACGCCCAGCAGGCUGACACGUCCUCCCGAAUUACUGUUUUGCUGGGGCGUCUACUUCUCCGGCCUUAUACCCUUGUCACCCCUCACCUUGUCCCAGUGCGGACGAAAUUGCUUAGUCUUUCAAUUGAAUGGCGAGCAGUUUGCCUCCCCGUCGAUGAUAAGCGAGCAGGGUUUGCAGUCGCAGCUGCAUUUGCACUACCAAAAGUAUGCGGAAGAAGAGGAACUAGAAGAGCCGCAAGAUGAGGGCAUAAACUCGCCGGCUGUCAGCCGGAGUUCAAGUCCCGUGCUGCGAAUGAGUACGAUGCGCUAUGCACAGCUGAAGUGCCAACGGCAGGAGAUUCGACGCAGCAACAAUUUGGAAAAGCUUCUGACGCUGCAACGUCUGCAACGUUUGCAUCAGCAGAAGAGGCGUCAAAUGGCCGAGGUUUGCCGGGAAAUUGCGCGCCUCAGUGUGCACUGUGUGACGAGGAACGAGCUGCGCUUGAAGCCCCGCACCACAUCGUUGUCCGGCGACCACUCCGCCCAUCAAUACCAUUCCAUGGGUCGCGCCCUGAGCGUAUUGCUCGCCGAGCAGCAGCAGAUCGCGCCCCUUACGCUUUAUAAUGCCCAGCAGUUAACUAGAAGGAUCGAAGCGCUAAGCAGUCAACAACGACUACUGAAAGCGGAGCGCGAAACGUUUCGGCAACGAAACGAGCGAGCCCGUCAACGGCUGGAGGAAAUGAGGGAACAGCGGGAGGCACUGCAAAAGCAGCUCCACAGCCAGCGACAUCGACUGGAAAAGGAACGCCUAGAGCUACGAACCCUGGCACCUCAACAUCUGGAGCAGCGCGAUCAAAGAAGACAUAUAGAACGGCAGGUGGAGCGCCGAAUGUCCACACUGGUGUUGGAGCUACAGGAGAUCUAUAACAUCCAGAAUGUGGGCAGUCGGCAAUUUAGCAUCUGCGGCAUCGCCUUUCCUCACAUGGAGCAAUACACGAGCGAGUCCCGUCAGGCGGCCAAUGCGCAGCUGCUGGAUAACGUCUCGCCUCUGGCAGUGAGUGCGGCACUGGGCUAUGUUGCCCAUUUGGUGCAGAUGCUAGCCAUCAUUAUGGACCGGCCCCUGAGGAACCGUAUUCUGUACGAGCCAUCGAAAGCACGAAUUGUAGACGAUAUUAAGGAGUUAACGUACACCACAAGAGAAUUUCCUCUGUACACGCGCUCCAUUUUGCCAUCGCAGCAAACAAAGUAUGCCAUCUACCUUUUGCGCCAGAAUGUUUCUCAGCUGUGCUUCGACAUCACGGGUCAGUGCGAUCUGCGAAACACUUUUGGCAAUCUGCUGGAGCUAUUCAGCACUCUUCGCUACAUCGAACGAACGCAAAGGGAUGAGGUCGACGAACGGGAUGGUACAGCAGUUGGAGCUAGCGGUGGAGAAGCACGCUUGGCAAAUGGAUUGACAGCUCCGCACCUGUCGCAAUCGCACUCUUCGGUCGACAUGAAUCAUGUGCCACUGCCGACGGUCAAAGAUGCACUGCUCCAGCAGCUGUUGCCACCGGGCGUGAGUCAGGCGCUGGCUAUCGAAGGCUAUGCGUCAACUCAACGCAUUUGCCGUUCGGUGGGCUCCUAUUCAGAUGGUGAGGAUGAGUUUCGACCGCGGCUGGAACAUAACUAUUCCAAUUCGGACUCCAACAUAACCCUGCAAACUGAGCGCAGCUGAGCUACUGCACCCAAAAGUGUUAUAUUUCAAGCGCUUAUAUCCAAUAGCUAGCAUUGUUUAGCGGCUCCACCUAAGCAGGUAUUUUGGAUUGGUCGCGUAUUGUAUACUUUUAAUUAUGAAACUCAAUGGUAGUCGGCAGUCCAUUGCGAUAAUAUUAUUUUUAGUUGUUUAAGAUCUCUGUGUAAAUUUCCUUUUAUUGUUUGUUUGCUACUAUAAGCUACGAAUAAACAUUAAAUAUUUUAUA